AUGGGAUGGGGAACAAAUGAGGCCUUGAUAAUUGAGAUUUUGGCUCAUAGGAAUGCAGCGCAGCGCAAGCUGAUUCGGGAAACUUAUGCUGCAACUUACGGAGAAGAUCUCCUGAAAGACCUGGACAAAGAACUUUCAAGUGACUUUGAGCGAGCAGUGCUGCUAUGGACACUGGAUCCAUCUGAGCGCGAUUCUUUCUUGGCUAACGAAGCUACAAAGAAGUUGACUGCAAGCAAUUGGGUUAUCAUGGAAAUUGCUUGCACCAGGUCUUCAUAUGACCUCUUUAAGGUGAGACAAGCCUAUCAUGCUCGUUAUAAGAAAUCCCUUGAAGAAGAUGUUGCAUAUCACACAAAAGGGGACUUCCGUAAGCUUUUGGUUCCUCUUGUGAGUGCUUUUCGGUAUGAAGGAGAUGAUUUAAACAUGACCCUGGCAAAAUCAGAGGCUAAGAUACUUCAUGAGAAGAUCUCUGACAAGGCGUACAGUGACGAGGAGCUCAUCAGGAUUCUGACAACAAGGAGUAAAACGCAGCUCAAUGCAACACUCAAUCACUAUAACAAUCAUUUCGGAAAUGCUGUAAACAAGGAUCUGAAAACUGAUCCAGAGGAUGAGUACCUGAAGUUAUUGAGGGCAACAAUAAAGUGCUUGACCUGCCCAGAGAAAUAUUUUGAGAAGGUUCUCAGAUUGGCUAUCAAUAGGCUGGGGACAGAUGAAGGAGCUCUUACUCGAGUUGUUGCUACUCGAGCUGAGGUUGACAUGCAUCGUAUCAAAGAGGAAUACCAGCGGAGGAACAGCGUCCCUCUGGAUCGUGCCGUUGCUGGAGAUACUUCAGGAGACUACGAGAAAAUGCUUCUGGCCUUGAUCGGUCAUGGUGAUGCUUGAGCUGCACCUCUGUCCCCCGUCGGGGUUGCAGUUUACUAGUAUGCAGUGAGUUAAUGUAUGUUAUCCUGGUUUUGUGUUACCUGCUUCUUUAUGUACUUUUACUGGAGUUCCAAAAACUUAUGGUUGGGAAUAAUAAUGGUGUUUUUAAAAUCAAUGUAUUUGGGGUUCUGCUGUUUG